CCUGGAUCGCGCGGCACUUUACGCACACUUGGUUCCCCAGCUCUGGAAUCCCCAGCAGAGACCGUUAACUUUGCACAGACCAGGGUGCACAUAUCUUGUGAAUAUGAAUCAUUAUUUAAAACACACACAUGACAAAGUGACACAAGAAAUAAAACCAUUUGAACUGCAACCCUAGCAACUCCUCAGGACAAACCAACAAUUGCCUGCAACUGUUACCCUAGGAAUAUCGUUUUACUAUUGCACCCCUAUCAACAAAAUUCAAAAACUAUCAAAACUAUAUGCACUUAUUUGAUCUAACGCUGCAUAAAAUGUUGGUUGUGUUUAUCAGAUGUAUGUUGUUUGUUUGGUACUUUUUAAAAGCUGCUACAUGAAUUGAACCAUUUCUUUGUGUGAAUAACCUAUUUGUGUUCAACACAUCAGAGGGAGUAUUUUUCUCUUUUUGGAAUCGUGUAUUGUAGCGUUCCGGGGUAACAAAAGGGAGGCAGACGACUGCCCCCUCACAGCUGCACUCACUCAGGAUAUUGACAAAACACGGAACAGCGACACAAAACUAUACAACACAUAACAUAAAUAGCCCAAUAUAUUGCAUUCAAAUCCGUCAACCAAAUGACACUGUUGCUAAGGAGAUGUGUUAUUCAUGAUUUUUUUGUUAGUCAUGGUUUAGUUUUCUAGACUUUAUUAAUGUUAAAGUAAAACAACAUGAUCUUACCACCACACUAGAUCCACUUCAUGUGCAAAGUAAAAAAAAAGCAAAAUAAAGUAUUGAACAGUAACUACAGCACUGGGACUUGCGAGAAACCACGAUUCCCUUUAAUAAUAUAAAAAGCUAAGGCAUUUAUUAAAUGUAAAUAUUGUAUUAUACCGACACUUGAACAACAACAGACACGCCAAUAAUGACGCAUAAGGUGAAUUAAAAACAGGUGCUGUGUGUGUGCUUAUUUUAGACUGUUGUUAUGUCAUGUGACGUUUUGGGGGAGACGACUUCGUGAUAAGCCGGUUUGCUUCGGGUGUCCUUGGACUUCCCUUCAUUAGCAAACUCGAUUCAAGAUUGCACUGCGUUUACAGUAAAACGGGGGCUUCUGGCGCCAAACAUGUCUGUUAGACAUGCUGUACGCCGUGGGCUGGAGCUGGGUCGCUCGGUACUGCAGCUCGGGCUUCUGAAACCAGCGGCCCGGGUUGCAGCUAAGCUCCGAGGAGAACAACUCAGACUCGGCCAAACCUCCAGUCGUGUACAGCCUCAGACUUUCCUGCCGGGUCGUUAUCGGUAUUACCGAGUGUCCCUCAGCGGGCUUGCGGCUCGGCUGCAGCGGCGGGUGUUCUGGAGGAUUCCCGGUUCGGGCUCCCCCAGGAACAGAGCUGUGUUUUUGGCUUUCGGGGUAGGCUUGGGUCUUAUUGAACAACAGCUGGAAGAAGACAGAACGGUCGUUGCGACAUGUCAGGAAAUUCAGGCACUUUUCCAUAACAAGGCAAAGAAACAUGAAAGCCCACUAAAGCCUUUCACCACCGGCUACAAACUUGAGGAUUACGUGAUUGGACAGCAGAUUGGGAAAGGCUGUAACGCUGCAGUGUACGAGGCUGCUGCUCCAUUCGCUGCCCCCUGGAAACCUGAGCAAGUCUCCCAUGUGCAGGCACCCCCCAGGGGGGAAGCGCUCCUGGACACCGGCCUCGCUCUGACAAGCCGUCCAGCUCGGCUCCCGCUGGCUGUGAAAAUGAUGUGGAAUUUCACGGCAGGAUCUUCUAGUGAGUCUAUCCUGAGAGCCAUGGGUCAGGAAUUGGUUGCAGCUCCUCCACUUGCUAUGAGCAGAGAGAGAGGAACAGCUGCACUAAAUGGGCAAUUUGGCUGCAUCAGGAAGAAGCUGGAGCCUCAUCCCAAUGUAAUCCAGGUUUUCCGUGCUUUUACUGCGGAUGUGCCUCUGCUUCCUGGUGCCUGGGCUGAUUAUCCUGAUAUGCUGCCUGCCAGAUUGAAUCCAGAUGGCAUCGGACACAACCGCACCCUGUUCUUAGUAAUGAAGAACUACCCCUGCACUCUGCGGCAGUCCCUGCAAGUUUCCCUUCCUGAUAACAGGGAGGCGACUCUGCUGAUUCUGCAGCUGCUAGAAGGAGUGGAUCACCUGAACAGACAAGGAAUCGCUCACAGAGACCUCAAAUCUGACAACAUCCUGCUGGAGCAUGAUUCAGUUGGCUGCCCACGCCUGGUGAUCACAGAUUUUGGCUGCUGUCUGGCUGAGCGACACUUGUGGUUGAAGCUACCCUUUAACAGUAACUCUGUCGAUCGGGGUGGAAAUCCUUGCCUCAUGGCACCUGAAGUUGCAACUGCAGUCCCAGGUCCUGGUGUUGUUAUUGACUACAGCAAAGCAGACGCCUGGGCAGUGGGUGCUAUUGCCUAUGAAAUCUUUGGGCUGCCCAACCCCUUCUAUACUGCAGGCCCAGAGGGACUAGAGAGCAGGACUUACCAGGAGAAGCAGCUCCCCCCGCUGCCCAGCACUGUGCCUCCUGAAGCUCGGCUUGUGGUAAAACUGCUGCUGCGCAGAAAUGCAAACAAGCGUCCAAGUGCUAGAGUUGCUGCCAAUUUGCUCCACAUUUGUCAGUGGGGUGGAAAUCUCCAGAAUGUGGACAGAAUGAAGAUGCAGAAGAUUGCUGACUGGCUUCUGUGCCGCGCCGCUGCUGCACUGCUGCAUGCUGGGUACAAUGCUGGAAACAUGGUGGAGGCGGAGCUGCAGGGAAGCUUCCUCUCCAAUGUUGACUUGGGAGAAUUGCGAAUGGCCAUGGCUUUUCUGAGCUGCGAAUGGCCAUGGCUUUUCUGAGCUGCAAAUGGAUAAUGAGGGACUUGGUUUGCAUACAUUAGGAUUGAAAAUAUCUUUACAAAUGUUUUAUUUUGAGGGCCAUAGAGACUAAGGAUGUAUUCAUUAAGCUAUACCAGUUAAACAAGUAUAUUCUUGCAGGUAAACUUUAAACAUAACCAGUGUUAAGUUGGUGUAUGAAAUUAUAAAGGUAUUUAAUUCUUGCAAUAACACUACUUAAGUAAUAUUAAAAGCAACUAAAUAAAUGUAACUAUAAUCAACUAGAAAUCGCAUUCAGUGUCUUCAAUGAAAAAUACUUCGUCCAAAGGUUUGUCAUUGAAUAUAUUUAGUUUUGUUUUAGUGCUGCCUGAUUUAGCACUGUUUGAAUGUCUUAUCAUUUAUAGAUGGAAUAACAGUUAUACAUUUUUAAAUACAUUGUGUUUUGUUGCUUUGUCUAGAAACUGUCGUCUUGUUUCUAAUUUCUCAAUUAGAUUAUCUACAGGUUCAAGAAAAGAAAGAUCUGGGCUUGCCCCUCAGUCCACCAUCCCUAGUUUGCCUGUAGAGUACAUGCUCUUGUAUAUUUCACAAAGGCUUCUAGAAAUUCUAGUGAGGUAGCACAGGCCAUUAGUGUGUGAGUCUAGUAGAAAUUCAGCCUGGUCAGUAUGGGGAAUACAGGGUAGGGAACCUCUUUAUAGAGCCCUUUACCAUUGUAAAGAGAAGCCAUUGUAAGUUCUCAUCUUGAAAGUCUAUUAAUAUAUCAUUAUUUUAUUUUCCCAUCUGAUCAAUGCAAAUCCCCUCCAGUUCAAAGCCAAGCUUUGGUGGAUCUUUUGGGAUACUUUGUCAGUAGUGAUUUAUAUUGAGUGGAGAAGAAACACUCCUCUCAACAGGACCAGACUGUAGGAGAUCUCCGGUUGUGCCCAACUAUGCCAGUUAUUUGGAAGCCAUGAUUCAUAUCUAGCAUCACGUACAAACAUCAUUUAAAAAUCUAUUAUAGAUGGAAAUGUUGAAGCAAAGUGAAAAUGAAAGUGUUUUCAUGAAACUCAACAGUAGAGACAUGAACUAGGGAAUGCAGUUUGUCUGCAUUUUUUAAAUGGUUGAUCCAUGUGUAGUAACUAGGCUGUUUUUGUCAAUUUUUAAAGUGUUCUCAGACACUGUAUAACGUGUGCAAAUAAACAUUCAUAAUUAUUGUUUCAUGCCUGUAUCCUGUUGGAGACAGUAUUUCCCAGCUUAAUAAAGUGGUUCUCCUAA